GUUUCCCGUUUCCGUAUACAGUGGUUGGUUGGAUUGGGUUGGGGGUUGAUUCCGUUGAGCUUUAUCGAGGAAAUGGCGCCAAUUGCGGUGGCAAGUCGUUGGCUGCCGCUCUUCCGCCUUCCAAUUGUUUGGUGUUCAUCACCGGCUGGCGGUCUCCGUUCUCGCAAUGGCUUCUUGCGGCCUCGCUACUCUACCGCCAGCCUCCCACUUGUGCUGUCCGGUUCGGAAGUGGGAACCCUUGAGGUCCGCCAUAAAUCGAGGAUGUUGAAGAAGAAAAUAGAGUUUCUCGGGAUUAAGACUGACGAUUCCUGUGUGGCUGGGUUGUUCACUCACUUGCUUUGCCCCAAGUGCAAAGGUGGCAUGUCAAUGGAGAGCUGCUUAUCUUUCCACAUUAUCCAAGAUGGGGGGUUUGCAAUGUGGAGGUGUUUUCGUCCUAGUUGUGGAUGGGCAGGGCAGGCCUUUGCCGAUCACAGGGCAACAAUGGAAGGAAUGAAUUUAAUGCUUAAAGUUGAAUCAUCCGACAAGUUGACAGCUGAGGGCAUAGGAUUAGAACCGUUAGGAGAUAAGUUGGUUCUUUACUUCAAUGAGAGAAGGAUUUCUGAAAGAACUCUGCGGAGGAAUGCAGUUAUGCAGACAUCUCAGGCUGUCAUUGCUUUUACUUACAGAAAAGGUGGAGAGCUUGUUGGCUGCAAGUACCGUACCAUAGACAAAAGGUUUUGGCAGGAGAGUGGGACAGAGAAGUGGUUAUAUGGACUUGAUGACAUAACUGAAGCCACUGAAAUCAUUAUAGUUGAAGGGGAAAUCGAUAAACUUUCAUUAGAGGAAGCUGGUUUCCGUAAUUGCGUGAGUGUUCCAGCAGGUGCACCAAUAACAGUGUCAUCCAAAGAUUUACCUUCAGCAGAAAAGGAUAGAGCAUUUCAGUACAUAUGGAACUGCAAAGAGUACUUGGAUAAAUUUUCACGCAUUAUCCUGGCUACUGAUGGCGACUCAUCUGGACAAGCAUUGGCAGAAGAGCUAGCACGUCGGUUGGGAAAAGAAAGAUGUUGGCUUGUACGUUGGCCCAGAAACGGUGACUCCAAUGUCUUCAAAGAUGCCAAUGAGGUUCUCAGAUGCUUGGGGCCUCAAGCUUUGAGAGAAGCAAUUGAAACUGCAGAUACAUAUCAUACUGAUACGCUGGGUUAAGUUCCAUGAUAAGAACAAGAUGGUUUCCCUUCCCUUUGCUGGUUGGGGCAACAUUAGCGUGCUUCACCAUGUCUUCGAAAUACCAACACGGAGAGAUGGGGAGGAUGACUGGAGAGAGGCAUUACUGUAUAUCACCCCUGGUUUCUGUCAACGGGUUCGAGCAGCAUCUUGCUUUGCUGUGUCAGUCAGUCAUCUAACGGCUUCAGCUUUGGUCUAUUCCACACGACAGAAGUACCGGUCCGUAUUCAUGUAACAAUUCGAUCAAGAAUGCUUGAGCUCUUGGGGGAUUCUGGCAGAAUUCGAAAGGCCAGGUUGAACUGUAACUCCUGUUUUAGCAUGUCUCUUGUGUAAAUGAACAUCUGUCUUGUUGUGUAGGGCAUUUUAUGGAACUCUAGACAGUUGGUUAACUCGUGCGUGAUUGAUUGUCGUUAAGACACUUAAAUUUGAAUGAACUGAAUCUAAAUUCAGAAGGAUGCAAAACCAUGAAAGAAACUUUGGAAGCGGAGGGAGAACAAAUUGCUACGAGAUUUUGGAGACCGGUGCAGCACUUGGGGUCGAUUGUGGGCUUGUCGCCUUCGGCGUAUGGAAGACAUGGCAUCGCAUUAAGUUCGACAGUGCUGCAAGUGAUUGAUGCGGGGCUUCUACUGUCUGCGAGAUACAUGAAAAGGGAAGCGGAGAUAGCAACAAUGAGGAUGUUUGGGAAGAUGAUCAUCAUGCUGUUCUUCAUCGUUUGUUGUUGGGGAUAAGGGUAUAUCUUGGUGUAGAGGUGGAGUUAAUAGGAGUAUGCAAAUGCUUUCUUUGCGCUGUGAUGGAAGAGGGUGAGUGGAGCUUUGCUAUAUAUAUAGUCUUACAGGAUUUGUCUUCUUUGUCAUUUUAGUAAUAGAGGUCAAGAAAUCUGCAGAAACAAGCAUCAUAAUGUCUACAGCGAAAGAAUGUGAAAGGUGUCUAGCUUGAGUUUCAAGAA